GCGUGUGUGUGUGUGUGUGUGUGGAGCUGGAUGGAGCUGGAGUGGGCUGGGUUCUGCCCGUCAGCCAUGUUGGAAUGAGAGGGAACGAAAAGCUGGAAUGAGAGAGAAUCGACCGGAGAAGACGGGAAAAGCGCGUUCCGGAACAUCGCCGCGGAAGAUCGCACAAUAAACGAAGCACUUGUGGUGGACUAGGAUUCCUCGUCUUUAAUGGAAGGAUUGUACCACGACAUUUCCAGAAUUUCAUUUUACACAGAAUAUGACCGACACCUAGCGCACAGUAAAGGCAUGGCGACGGCAUACCUGGAGCCCAACCCGAACCACACCCUGGGCGGCGGGGCCAAGGCCCGUCUCAGCGCGGGGACGGAGCGGGCCCCCGGGGCCCCCGACAGGGUCCUGAAGGUCUUCCAUCACUUCGAGAACAACAGCGAGCACAGCACCUGGUCCAGCAACAUCCGGCACGGAGACGCCACCGACGUCAGGGGAAUCAUUCAGAAGAUCGUGGACAUUCAUAAGGUCAAACGCGUGGCUUGUUUCGGGUUGCGUCUCACUCACGUGCCGUCGGGCGACAUCCACUGGCUCCACCCGGAUAUGGGCGUGUCCCACGUGAGGGAGAGAUACGAGCAGAACCGCCCACAGGACGAAUGGAGGUAUGAGCUAAGGAUCCGUUACCUGCCCAAGGGCUUCCUCAAUCAGUUCGCUGAAGACAAACCCACUCUCAACUAUUUUUAUCAGCAGGUGAAGAAUGACUACAUGCUGGAGAUAGCGGAUCAGGUGGAGCAGGAGAUCGCUCUGAAGCUGGGCUGUCUGGAGAUCAGGAGAUUCUACAGAGAGAUGAGAGGAAACGCUCUGGAUAAAAAAUCCAACUACGAGCUGCUAGAAAAAGACGUUGGACUGCGGCGCUUCUUCCCCAAAAGUUUGUUGGAGUCGGUGAAGGCCAAAACGCUGAGGAAACAGAUCCAGCAAACGUUUAAGCAGUUCGCCAACCUGAACGACGAGCAGAGCGUGCUGAAGUUUUUCGAGAUCCUGGCGCCCGUCCACAGAUUCGACAAAGAGUGCUUUCGAUGCGCUCUGGGGUCGAGUUGGGUCAUAUCGGUGGAUCUCGCUAUCGGUCCAGAGGAAGGAAUCAGUUACCUGACAGACAAGGGCUCCACGCCCACGCAUCUGGCCAACUUCACUCAGGUGCAGAGCAUCCAUUACUCCUGCGUGGAGGAGAAGGAGAGGAAGGGCGUCUUGCAGCUGGACGUGGCGGGAGCCGCCGAGCCUCUCACGAUCAGCACGCCGUCCUUCUCCACCGCUGAGAACAUGGCCGACCUCAUCGACGGAUACUGUCGCCUGCUCAACGCCGUCAGCCAGUCCUUCAUCGUCAGACCGCAGAAAGAGGGGGAAAGAGCCCUUCCAUCCAUUCCAAAAAUGGCCAACAACGAGAAGCGUCUGGAGGGGAUCCGGGCAGGAGUCCGCGCCAUCUCGGUUUCAGACUUGUCUGUGGUUCAGACGCCCACCAAAGCUGCUAAAGCUCGACGCUUUCUCCUUCCGUUUGUCCUCUGUUCCCAUGAUUCUCCUCCUAAGGAAGAUCUAAGCGGAGAUGAAACAGACGACUACGCAGAGAUCAUAGAUGAGGAGGACACCUACACCAUGCCCUCUACCGAAUGCUAUGGAUUAGAAGCAGCUCAGGACUAUGAGAUCCAGCGGGACAGAAUCGAGUUGGGACGGUGUAUCGGCGAGGGCCAGUUUGGUGACGUCCAUCAAGGAGUUUACAUGAGUCCGGAGAAUCCUUCGUUAUCGGUGGCCAUAAAGACGUGUAAGAACUGCACCUCAGACAGCGUUCGGGAGAAGUUCCUGCAGGAAGCUCUGACAAUGCGGCAGUUCGACCAUCCUCACAUCGUGAAGCUGAUCGGAAUCAUCACAGAAAACCCCGUCUGGAUCAUCAUGGAGCUGUGCACGCUUGGAGAGCUGAGGUCGUUCCUGCAGAUAAGGAAGUACAACCUGGAGCUGUCCACGCUGAUCCUGUUCGCCUAUCAGCUGAGCACGGCGCUGGCGUACCUGGAGAGCAAACGCUUCGUGCACAGGGACAUUGCUGCGAGGAACGUGCUGGUGUCUUCCACAGACUGCGUGAAGCUCGGUGACUUCGGCCUCUCCAGAUACAUGGAGGACAGCUCCUAUUAUAAAGCUUCUAAAGGGAAACUUCCCAUCAAAUGGAUGGCUCCUGAAUCCAUCAACUUCCGUCGGUUUACCUCGGCCAGUGACGUCUGGAUGUUUGGUGUGUGUAUGUGGGAAAUCCUCAUGUUCGGCAUCAAGCCCUUCCAGGGCGUGAAGAACAACGAUGUGAUCGGGCGAAUAGAGAACGGCGAGAGGUUAGCGAUGCCCCAGAACUGCCCCCCGACCCUCUACAGCCUGAUGACCAAAUGCUGGGCGUACGACCCCAGCAAACGGCCUCGCUUCACCGAACUCAAGACCCAGCUCAGCACUAUCCUGGACGAGGAGAAGGCCCAGCAGGAGGAGCGCUUCCGGAUGGAGAUGAGGAGACAGGUCACGGUGUCCUGGGACGCUGGGAACUCAGACGAGGCGCCUCCGAAGCCCAGCAGACCUGGUUACCCGAGCCCUCGGUCCAGUGAUGGUUAUUUCCCUAGUCCUCAGCACAACCACUACCAGGGGUCUGGAUAUCCUGGGUCACACGUGCCCGGUGCAGGCUUCCCGCCGCAGGCCUCCGUCCUCGACCCGCAUGAAGCCUGGAACCAUCACAGACAGGACGUGCCCGGGUGGUCUCCUAACAUGGAGGACGGAGGCGCUCUGGGGCGGAGUCAGGGGAUGCCCGCUCAUCUGAUGGAGGAGACGCUCAUCAAGCAGCAGCAGCAGAUGGAGGAGGACCAGAGAUGGCUGGAGCAGGAGGAGAGCUUCCUGAAGCCGGAGUCGAGGAACUCGAGGGGAAGCAUCGAUCGCGAGGACAGCGCUCUCCAGGCUCCGAUGGGGAAGCAGCACGUCUAUCAGCCCGUGGGGAAAGCAGAGCAUGUGGCUCCUCCUAAGAAGCCGCCCCGUCCCGGCGCCCCGAGUCACCUGACCAACCUGAACCCCGUGGACAGUUACAACGAGGGCGUCAAGCCCUGGAGGAUCCAGCCUCAGGAGAUCAGUCCUCCUCCGACGGCAAACCUGGACCGCUCCAACGACAAGGUGUAUGAGAACGUGACGGGGCUGGUGAAGGCCGUGAUCGAGAUGUCCAGCCGCAUCCAGCCCGCGCCGCCCGAGGAGUACGUCCCCAUGGUGAAGGAUGUUGGACUGGCGCUCAGGACUUUGCUGGCCACCGUGGACGAGACCAUCCCCGUGUUACCGGCCAGCACUCACCGAGAGAUCGAGAUGGCUCAGAAGCUGCUGAACUCUGACCUGGCGGAGCUCAUCAGUAAGAUGCGUCUGGCGCAGCAGUACGUCUUGACCAGCCUGCAGCAGGACUACAAGAAGCAGAUGCUGACCGCGGCUCACGCGCUCGCCGUCGACGCCAAGAACCUGCUGGACGUCAUCGACCAGGCCCGGCUCAAGAUGCUGGCCCACGGCCGGCCGCACUGACCCCUGACCCCUGACCCCUGAUGCUGGACCAUCGGAGGCCGCCGGAGCCCAGAGGAUAUCGUUUUAUAACCGCGACUUUUUAUUUUGUAUCCAGAAACGAAGUUGGUCUCUGAGCUUUUCCCAGCGACUGGAACCCGACGAACUCCAAAAACCGCUUUUCCAACGAUCCAAAGGCCGCGCAGAUGAUUUUAUAUAGCUGGGCUCGGACCCGGGCGCUCGAGGUGCUUCAACAACAUCCUGAGAAACUCAGGGGUUCGACGCGCCGGGAGACGCCGCUCUCAUGUACAGACUCACUAAGCCAAACCACAGUCGUAUUUAACAGAGCUUUUUAAAGGAAUCACAGCUAUUGUAUGAAACAGAGGGAAAUUACGACGCCAAUAUAGUCACAUAUCAGUCACUUGAAGCACAUAUUGAGAAAUUGUUAUAAUCGAAGCUGCCUUCUGAAUUCAUUUUAUUCUGUAAAAUCAUGCCAUGUUUGUUUUUUUUUACCACACACUAGGGUUGAAGCGACCCGUUUGAGUUCAGACUAGAGUUACUUUUGUGUACAGAACAAUCGUGAAAUCCAUUUUGUCAUUGAUAUAAAUUAUUCUCAGGAAGAAGCAACUGUACAGAUCUUUUAACUAAUAAAAUGUUAUCAUUAUCUUUA